GACCGGGGUCCCCCGAAACGGUCACUAGCAGUGUAGCCACUGGUCGAAGUAGGUCGUGGUGCUGUUUUGUUUCACCCCUCUUUUUUUUUUUGUUUUCGCGCGUCCGGCCCCGUGCUGCAUUUGAAGGUGUGCGUGCGUGCGUGCGUGCCAGCGGAGCGUGUGACAAAACCCCAAACUCCGAAAAGCAUCCCGAUAUCAAACGCGGUUGUCCGCUGCAAUCAAAUCGCGGGUUUUGGUUUUGUUUUUUUGCUUGGCCAACAUCUUCACCCUUCAUCCCUUUGGUCGAUGCUUGGGCCUGCAACGGCUUCGGUGCCGGUCGACACGAUCAACAGCCUGCAGCAGCAGCAGCAGCAGCUACAAUAGACGCAGCUGGGCAAGAUGCCGGUGGCAAUCUCCGUGGAGGAUUGUUACGCUCCGCCGGGUGUCUAUCGGGCGGUGGAGCCGGACCAGCUCACCCACCGGGACGCGGAGGCAGCGAACGGUGGGGAGAAGCCACCGCUCGACAGUGCGAACGGUGGCGGGCCGCUCGAGCUCCAGCACGUGCCGGCGGGUGGUGACAUGCGGUACCACACCCGGCACCAUCAUCAUCGCGAGCGGCCCGGGCACGAUUACGCCGAGGACGUCAUUACGCCGCAGGGCGUCCAGCCGCACCACAAGACGAGCUACGCGGAGACGAUGAUGCACCUGUUCAAGGGCAACAUCGGCACGGGCUGCUACGCGAUGGGCGACGCGUUCAAGAACGGGGGCCUGCUGCUGGCGACCGUGCUGACCCUGUUCAUCGGGUUCGUGUGCGUGCACUGCCAGCACGUGCUGCUCAACUGUGCCGCGCUGAUGCAGGCCCGCAAGCUCGAGCAGGAGGCGGCCGAGCGGGCGAGCGCCACCAACGGCAAGCCAGCGGCAGCGGGCGAGAAGAAGCUGCCCGACCCGGUCCCGCCCGUCACGGAACCGCUCGACUUUGCCGACACGGUCGCGCUCUGCUUCGCGUACGGGCCGCCGUCGGUGCGGCCGUGGGCCCCCACGAUGAAGCGCGCGGUCAACAUCUUCAUCUGCGUGACGCAGCUCGGCUUCUGCUGCAUCUACUUCGUGUUCAUCAGCUCCAACUUCAAGCAGAUCGCGGACCGGUACGGGCUCGUGCUGGACGUGCACCUGCACAUGGCGCUGCUGGUCGUGCCGAUCGUGCUGACGUCCAUCAUCACCAAGCUGAAGUUCCUGUCCUACUGCUCGCUCGCCGCCAACGUCUUCAUGACGCUCGGCAUCGGCAUCACGUUCUACUACGCGUUCCAGGAGCUGCCACCGAUCGGCGAACGGCACCUGGUCGGCCGGCUCGAGCAGCUGCCCCUGUUCUACGGUACCGCGAUCUUCGCGUUCGAGGGCAUCGCGCUGGUGCUGCCGCUGCAGAACGAGAUGAAGCAUCCGGCCGACUUUGGCAAACCGUUCGGCGUGCUCAACAUCGGCAGCACCUUCAUCAUCCUGCUGUUCACCGCGUUCGGCUUCACCGGCUACUGGCGCUGGGGCGAGUCGGUCCAGGGUAGCCUCACGCUCAACCUGCCGGACAACGAGAGACUGGCGGAAAGCGUGAAGCUGAUGAUCGCCACCGGCGUACUGCUCGGGUACGCGCUGCAGUUCUUCGUCGCCAUCAUGAUCAUGUGGCCGAUGGUGGAGAGCCGGCUGCCGCUCGCCCGCCGCCAUCCCGUCCGCUGCGAGAUGGUGUUCCGCAUCAUAAUGGUGCUGGUGACGUUCCUGAUCGCGGAGUGUGUCCCGAACCUGGGCGCCUUCAUCUCGCUCAUCGGCGCCUUCUGCUCCUCCUCGCUUGCCCUCAUGUUUCCGCCGCUGAUCGAGCUGAUCGUGGCCUGGACGAACGGUACGCUCGGCGUGUGGCUGGUGGCCAAGAACGUCGUCAUACUGCUGCUGGCCUUCCUCGGGUUUGCCACCGGCACGUACGAGAGUGUGUCGGCGCUUGCCAAAGAUUUUUGAGCCAUCCGCCAUCCAGAAUGCGGAAUAGAUGUGUGUUAGGGAGGCAUUACGUGUUAUUUUAUUUUUUUUUAUUUUUUGUGUAAAUGUAUAAUAUUUUUAUAACUCGUGUUACUGUACUUGCCAUACCGUGAUUGCUUCGUCCUGAGCUGACAGUUUAUUUGGCAGCAGACCACAACACUAAAGUGCUUAUAUGAUUGUUUAAAGGCAAAGGGACAGGACGGUCCGCACUCACCAACGGCUAAAAGCCAACAGGGACAGAUUAGCAGAUUAGGCGUUGUGAAGCAAGAGUGAGGUACGGAGCAUGAAGGUCGCAUUAGGCGGUAGUAAAGUUACGCGGGCCAGCACAACUGAGUAGCCAGUAAGGAUGUGAAAAGUAGUUUUUGUUAGAAAAAAAAACGGAGUAAACGAACCGGUGAAAGUUGAAUAUGGCGACAUUUGUAACUCGCAGGUUCGAAGUAUUUUGCGUGAACGAUAUCGGUAACGUCACAAUAAAAAAAAAGAUAUUCCAUUCACAGUAAGUGAAUCAGGGUUUGGA